AUGCAAGAUGCUUGGAGAACUUUCAGACCUCAUCUUCAUGAAGAAGCUGUUCAUUCAGAGGCCUUUGUCCCCAAAGACUCAGACCUCCUCUGGUACGUGCUCCCCUCACACCCUCAAAGCCUGUUCAGUCGGUUACAGGCGCUCAGGGAGGAAGGGUUACUCCUGGACUGUACCUUCGAUGUCCAAGGAAGCAUAUUCCGGGCCCACAGGCUCCUGCUGGCAGCUUCCAGUCAAACCCCCCAAAUGUUUUUCCCUUGCAAACAAAAUCCACAGUCCGAAGCUGAAGAAACCUCUCACUGUUUGACUCCUCUUGGGCUGAGAGCAGCUUUGAAAUUCGCCUAUUGUGGACAAGUGGACUUGGGUGGGGAGGAGGUUCUGGACACUUGUCAACAUCUGAACUUUGAGAGACUGAGGGAAAAGUGCAAAUCUGGGGUCACGACCUCAGCUGAGAAGGAGACAGCAAAGACUCUGGAGAACAUCAAGAACAUGUGGGACAGAGGGGAGGGCUGUGACAUCACGAUACGAGCAGAGACCGGGGAGAGCUAUCCAGGUGAGUAUACGAGCCUCAAGGGAACUCCAAGACCCUCUGACCCUCCUCAGGCUCAGACAACCCAAAACCCUGCAGCGCCUGAAUGGAGGAAACGUGAUGAAGUUAUUAAAAAGGUGUUUUUCUUUGCAGCUCAUCGCCUGGUGUUAGCAGCUGGCGGGGACUAUUUCCGCGCUCUGCUGUGCGGAGGCUUACGAGAGUCCAGAGAGGACGUGGUGUGGCUGAGGGGCAUUUCCGGCUGGGUGCUUGAAUCCAUCCUUCACUUCUUCUACACGGGUCGACUGUGGCUGGACUGGAGUCGGAUAUGGGAGCUCACGACUGCACUGCUGCAGUUCCAGCUGGAGGGGGCGCUGUCGCUCUGCACAGACUUUCUGAGGGAGAGAAUGGAUGAAGGCAGCUGUGCAGAUGUUCUGGUUCUGGCUGAGACUCACGGGCUGGUGCAGCUGGGUCAGGCUGCAGAGGAGUACGUUCUGACCCACUUCCAGAAGGUUUCUGCAGAAGAAAGCUUCAGGGCGGUUCCGCUCGUCCUCCUCAGCAGGCUCCUGCAGAAGGACUCGCUGUGUGUGGAGUCAGAGAUGGAGGUGUUCAGGGCCGUGGUCAGUUGGGUGGAGGACCAGCCUGAAGAUCGACUACCCUCUCUCCCUGACCUCCUCCGCCACGUUCGUACUCCACUCCUCAGCAGAUCAGAGCUGCAGGAGGCUCUCCACUGCCCCCUCCUACAUAGAAGCCCCGGGGCGAGGGGUGCAGUUGAAGCUCUUAAGAGCCUGGCGAAGGGGAGUUACAGGGGUCCCGAAUGUGGACCUCGCACUCCAAACCAGACUGUCCAACACCUCCCUGUCCAGGUCCUGGCUUUGGUUGGGGGCGACACUGUGGAUGAUGACUUCAUGAAGAGGGUUCCCAGCCGGACGGUGUGGUCCGCUCAGCGGUUCCAUCGUGGGCCAGGCCUGAUUAGAGCAAUAGAGUGGAAAUGUGUGACAAACAUCCCUGAGCCAGCACGCUUCCGGCACUGCGUGUGUCUCCUCAACAGCAAACUCUACGUCCUGGGGGGGCGCAAGUAUUACGGCUCUUUGGAUGUCCUGAAGUCCGCUAUGAGGUUUGACGUUUUGCAGAAGAAAUGGGAAGAACUGCCGGACAUGCUACGCCAAAGGGACUACUUUUCUGCAGUAUGUCUGGGGGGAAGGAUUUAUGUUCUUGGUGGAAGCUGGGACUACAGCCAAUGUCUGAAUGAGGUGGAGAGCUACAGGCCCGAGGAGAACUCCUGGAGGAUGGAUCACCCGCUGGACACAGCCGUCUGUGGUCACGCUGCUGCUGUUCUUGAAGGACAGAUCUACAUCUCCGGAGGCUGCGACUCCCAUCACCGUUGUCUUCCCAUCAUGUGUGGUUACGAUCCAGUCCGAGGUUGCUUCCCCAGGGCCCCCAUGAGCGUGGGAGCUGGACGUGCCGGCCAUGCCAUGCUGGUUCUGGGGAGCAGAUUGGUGGUAACUGGAGGGCUGCAGCCCUUAUGUCCAGGCUUUGGGGACCAACUCCUCUGUGAGGUUUAUGACCCUCAGAGUGAUUCCUGGUCCUCCUUUCCUGCCUUGCCUCGCCCUCAUCUGUCCCCUGGAGCCACCGUACACGAUGGACGGCUGUAUGUGGUUGGGGGGUCUUCGGCAGACACAGCCAGAGAUUCCAAGUGGGUUCAUUGUUACGAUCCCAAGAAGGGAUGCUGGGAAAACUUGGGUGCUAUGCCAUUUCCGUACACUGAUUUGGCAGUUUGUUUCCUGCCAUCACCUGACCCACCUGUAAAAAUCAACUCAUUUCUGAAUGAAUCAUUUUCCACUAAGUGACUGAUCUAUGGGGUAGGUGAAAAAAACUGUGUGUAGAUAAUAAAUACAUCACCAAAUGUCAUAUUCAGACCUCCUUCCUACUUCUCAUUAUCCUAAUAAUAACUUAUAUAAACAAAAAAACAGAGAAGAGAAACAAGCAGAUCCAUCUGCAGCAACAACUAGUAAAAGUUAGACAACAAAAGGUGACAAGCUGAAAAAAAAGAUCUGAUUUAAAUGUAGUUUCA